AUGUUCUUCGUUCCCGUUGGCCAUGUCAUCAUCUCAUCCCCCUUCUCACAUUCAUCUACCUUGUCCGCCGUCCGCACCCAUGCGGAAUCCUCACCUUUUGGUCAACGUCCAAACGCUCCGCCUAUUUCGAAUAUACCGUCCUGGCUCCAAGUCUCAUCGGUCCACCUGUCAAUUAAGCUGUCGAUGCCGCAUUAUCACCCGCCCCAACCCGUGGUCGAUGUAUGGAUCGCAGGUCCAACAGUCAAUGGACUGCGCCUGAGAAGCGCCCCACCGGGAUUGGCAUUGGCUGUGUCCGCGAUCUCGCUCGAAAAUCGUUGCGGGCUCAACUGGAAUUGGGCCGACGUUGCGAAUCGUGGCGCAGUCGGCGAGAACGAGCUCACUAUGGGCAUCUGGCCUACUUCUAAUCCCGAAAAUCGGUUCUUCUGUAUUCAAGGUGGCUGCAGUUACUCUUGCUGGCAGGAAAGGGUGAUCCGUCGCCAUUGUGGAAAAGUCCAUGAGAUCCAGCCAGCUAAAAAGAGAGUACACUGGGAAGAUCAAGAACCCGAGAGCACCAAGCAGGAGAGGGAGGCGAGGCUUCGGUGCUUUGAUCCCAAAUUUCCCUGGGUUUAUUUGACGCUUGAGGAAAUACAAACCUUCGAGUCGGAAACCGACUGCGAGGAAUCAGAUGACGACAGCGUCGAAGAUGGAGGCGUCAUGCACCCAGUUGGGCCUGAGACGAGUGAAUGCUCCUCCGCUACGCACAAUCACCCGAGUGUUGCCCCAUGCAUCAGCUUGGCUCUCGAAGUGAAUGACAGUGCUUUAAACAACGAAAUUGUUUCAUCAGCUACCGGAAACACCUCAAAUGAUAGUCAUGAGCACACCUUGUUGCAUCACCAGUUUCAAGGUCGCCAACUCAGCUUGGCGCAAUGUCAACAGGGUGAGGUCGGCUUUGAUGACCUCGACUAUCUAGGAUCUGGGCACCAAGAUGGUGGCAUCACGGACCAAGACUUCGAAUAUCUACUCAACCUCAUGCGAGUACCUGGUAGUAGUACUCGCUCUGGGGACCAGUCUCAGGACUUUGACUUUUCCUGGAACAACGAGCAGUAGCCAUUUACCACAUUUGUAUG